CUUUGGCUGCUUUCUAUGGACUGUGCUCCUUUGCUUUUAUUGCUAAGUCAUCCUUCAGAGAGUGGGAGUGGCUGACUGCUGGAGGUAAUGGGAAAUGGCAAGAAAGAAGCUGAAAAAGUUUACUACUUUGGAGAUUAUUCUCAGCGUUCUUCUGCUUGUGUUGUUUAUCAUUGCUGUUACUCUAAUUGUGCUGUUAGCCAAAGAGUCUACAAAAUCAACAGACCUGGAUCCUGGGACCACUGGUACCCCAGAUUCUGGAACAACUGGUACCACAGAUCCCACGACAACUGGUACCGUAGCUCCUGGAACAGCAAGUACCACCUCUGAUCCUGCUGCAUGCCCAGCGGUAAAUGAAGCAGAACGAAUAAAUUGCAUCCCUGACCAGUCACCAACAAAGGCCAUGUGUGACCAGCGGGGCUGCUGCUGGAAUCCUCAGGGAGCUAUAAGUGUUCCCUGGUGCUACUAUUCCAAAAAUCAUGGUUACCAUAUGGAGGGCAACCUUGUAAACACAAAUGCAGGAUUCACAGCUCAAUUGAAAAAUCUGUCUUCUUCAUCCCUUUUUGGAAAGAAUGUCGAAAACGUACUUCUCACAGCGGAAUAUCAGACAUCUAACCGUUUCCACUUUAAGUUGACUGACCAAACCAAGGACAGGUAUGAAGUGCCCCAUGAAAAUGUGCCACCCUUCAGUGGAAGUGCUGCUGCUUCUUUGACCUACGAAGUUGAGGUCUCCAAACAACCAUUUAGCAUCAAAGUGACCAGAAGAGGCAACAAUCGUGUUUUGUUUGACUCGAGCAUUGGGCCCCUCCUGUUUGCUGACCAGUUCCUGCAGCUCUCCAUCCGACUGCCCAGUGCUAAUGUGUAUGGUCUGGGGGAACAUGUGCACCAACAAUACCGGCAUGAUAUGAAUUGGAAGACAUGGCCCAUAUUUAACAGGGACACAACCCCCAAUGGGGACGGAACUAACUUGUAUGGUGCACAGACAUUCUUCCUGUGCCUUGAAGAUGCUAGUGGAUUGUCCUUUGGAGUGUUUUUGAUGAACAGCAACGCUAUGGAGGUUGCCCUUCAGCCUGCACCAGCCAUCACUUACCGCACCAUCGGGGGCAUUCUGGACUUCUAUGUGUUCUUGGGAAACACUCCAGAGCAAGUUGUUCAAGAAUAUCUAGAGCUCAUUGGGCGGCCAGUCCUACCCUCAUACUGGGCACUUGGAUUCCACCUCAGCCGUUAUGAGUAUGGAACCCUCAACAACAUGAGAGAAGUCGUGGAGAGAAACCGUGCGGCACAGCUCCCUUAUGAUGUUCAGCACGCUGAUAUUGAUUAUAUGGACGAGAGGAAGGACUUCACUUAUGAUCCUGUGGACUUUCAAGGCUUCCCUGAGUUUGCUAAGGAGUUACACAAUAAUGGACAGAAGCUUGUCAUCAUUGUGGAUCCAGCCAUCUCCAACAACUCUUCGUCAAGUAAUCCCUAUGGCCCAUAUGACAGGGGAUCAGAUAUGAAGAUAUGGGUGAAUGGUUCCGAUGGAAUGACUCCACUCAUUGGACAGGUCUGGCCUGGAAACACUGUGUUUCCUGAUUAUACCAAUCCCAAUUGUGCUAUUUGGUGGGCAAAGGAAUUUGAGCUUUUCUACAAGGAAGUCGAGUUUGAUGGAGUCUGGAUUGAUAUGAAUGAAGUCUCCAACUUUGUUAAUGGUUCAAUCUCAGGAUGUUCCACAAACGACCUAAAUUAUCCUCCAUUUACUCCCAGAGUCGUGGAUGGGUACCUUUUCUGCAAGAGUCUCUGCAUGGAUGCAGUACAGCACUGGGGAAAACAAUAUGAUGUUCACAAUCUGUAUGGCUACUCCAUGGCGAUUGCAACAACAGAAGCUGUCAAGACUGUGUUUCCUAACAAGAGAAGCUUCAUUGUAACUCGCUCUACCUUUGCGGGGUCUGGCAAGUUUGCAGCUCAUUGGUUAGGUGACAACGCAGCCACCUGGAAUGAUCUUCGAUGGUCCAUUCCUGGUGUGCUUGAGUUCAAUCUUUUUGGUAUCCCAAUGGUGGGUCCUGACAUAUGUGGCUUUGCAUUGGAUGCCCCUGAGGAGCUCUGUAGACGGUGGAUGCAGCUAGGUGCAUUUUAUCCAUUUUCCAGGAAUCACAAUGGCCAAGGCUACAAGGACCAGGAUCCAGCCUCCUUUGGAGCUGACUCCAUACUGCUGAAUUCCUCCAGGCACUACCUUAACAUCCGCUAUACCCUAUUGCCUUAUCUAUACACCCUCUUCUUCCGUGCUCACAGUCGGGGGGACACAGUGGCCAGGCCCCUCCUGCAUGAGUUCUUUGAGGACAACAGCACUUGGGACGUGCACCGACAGUUUUUAUGGGGACCAGGUCUCCUCAUCACUCCAGUUCUAGAUGAGGGUGCAGAAAAAGUGAUGGCAUAUGUGCCAGAUGCAGUCUGGUAUGACUAUGAGACUGGAGCCCAAGUGAGAUGGAGGAAGCAAAGAGUUGAGAUGGAACUUCCUGGAGACAAAAUUGGACUUCACCUUCGAGGAGGCUACAUCUUCCCCACCCAGCAGCCAAAUACAACUACUCUGGCCAGCCGAAAGAACCCUCUUGGUCUUAUCAUUGCCCUAGAUGAGAACAAAGAAGCAAAGGGAGAACUUUUCUGGGAUGAUGGAGAAACAAAAGAUACUGUGGCCAAUAACGUUUAUCUUUUAUGUGAGUUUUCCGUCACCCAAAACCGUUUGGAUGUGAUAGUUUCACAAGCAACCUACAAGGACCCUAAUAAUUUGGCAUUUACGGAGAUUAAAAUCCUAGGGGUGCAGAAACCUGGCACUGUUACAGUGACACACAACAAUGUCCCAAGUCAAACUUCUCCUACAGUCACUUAUGAUUCUAACUUGAAGGUUGCUGUUAUCACAGACAUUACUCUUGUCUUGGGAGAACCAUACACAGUGGACUGGGGCCUAAAAAUAAAGGAUGAAGAAAAAAUAGACUGCUAUCCUGAUGAGAAUGGUGCUUCCUCAGAAAAUUGCACUGCCCGUGGCUGUGUCUGGGAGGAAUCUAGUUCUCCUGGAGUUCCUUUUUGCUAUUUCGUCAAUGAUCUGUAUUCUGUCAGUGAUGUUCAGUAUAAUGCACAUGGAGCCACAGCUGACAUCACCUUAAAGUCUUCUCUUUAUGCCAGUGCCUUGCCCUCCACACCUGUGAAUACCCUCCGCCUGCAAGUGACCUUUCAUACAAAUGAAAUGCUGCAAUUUAAGAUUUAUGAUCCCAACAACAAUCGAUAUGAAGUCCCAGUUCCCCUGAAUAUACCUAAAAUUCCAACUAGCACCUCUCAGAGUCAACUCUAUGAUGUCCUCAUUAAGAAGAAUCCAUUUGGUAUUGAAAUUCUCCGGAAGAACACAGGCACUGUAAUUUGGGACUCUCAGCUCCUUGGCUUCACCUUCAAUGAUAUGUUUAUCCGCAUCUCCACUCGCCUUCCUUCUGAGUACAUCUAUGGCUUUGGAGAAACUGAACACACAGCUUUUAGGAGAGACUUGAAUUGGCACACAUGGGGGAUGUUCUCCCGAGACCAACCCCCAGGGUACAAAAAGAAUUCCUAUGGUGUUCAUCCCUACUACAUGGGACUAGAGGAGGAUGGCAGUGCCCAUGGAGUGCUUCUGCUGAACAGCAAUGCCAUGGAUGUGACGUUUCAGCCCAUGCCUGCCUUGACAUACCGCACCACAGGGGGAAUUCUGGACUUUUAUGUGUUCUUGGGGCCAACUCCAGAGCUUGUCACCCAGCAAUACACUGAGUUGAUUGGUCGGCCUGUGAUGGUACCUUACUGGUCCUUGGGGUUCCAACUGUGUCGCUAUGGAUACGAGAAUGACUCUGAGAUUGCCAGCUUAUACGAUGAGAUGGUGGCCGCCCAGAUCCCCUAUGACGUGCAGUAUUCAGACAUCGACUACAUGGAGCGACAGCUGGACUUCACCCUCAGCCCCAAGUUUGCUGGAUUUCCAGCUCUGAUCAAUCGCAUGAAGGCCGAUGGGAUGCGUGUCAUCCUCAUUCUGGAUCCAGCCAUUUCUGGCAAUGAGACACAGCCUUAUCCUGCCUUCACUCGGGGUGUGGAGGAUGACGUCUUCAUGAAAUAUCCCAACGAUGGAGGCAUUGUCUGGGGAAAGGUCUGGCCUGAUUUACCUGGCAUUGUUAUUAAUGGGUCUCUGGACUGGGAAAGUCAAGUGGAGCAAUACCGAGCUUAUGUAGCCUUUCCAGACUUUUUCCGUAAUUCAACGGUCAAGUGGUGGAAGAGGGAAAUUGAAGAACUCUACAACAAUACACAGAGUCCAGAGAAGAGCUUGAAGUUUGAUGGCAUGUGGAUUGAUAUGAAUGAACCAGUGAGCUUUGUGAAUGGAGCAGUUGCUCCAGGCUGCAGGGAUACUUCACUGAACUACCCUCCCUACAUGCCACAUUUGGAGUCCAGGGACCGGGGCCUGAGCAGCAAAACCCUGUGUAUGGAGAGUCAGCAGAUCCUGUCAGAUGGCUCCACAGUGCGGCACUACGAUGUGCACAGCUUAUAUGGAUGGUCCCAGACCAGACCUACAUAUGAAGCCGUGCAGGAGGUUACAGGACAGCGAGGGAUCGUCAUCACUCGCUCCACAUUCCCCUCUUCUGGUCGCUGGGCGGGACACUGGCUAGGAGACAACACAGCCGCAUGGGACCAGCUGAAGAAAUCUAUCAUUGGCAUGAUGGAGUUCAGCCUCUUUGGCAUGUCCUAUACAGGAGCAGAUAUCUGCGGGUUCUUUCAAGAUGCAGAAUAUGAGAUGUGUGCUCGCUGGAUGCAACUGGGUGCCUUUUACCCCUUCUCAAGAAAUCACAACACCAUUGGAACCAGGAGACAAGAUCCUGUAUCCUGGGAUGAUGCCUUUGUGAGUAUUUCCAAAAGUGUUCUGCAAACCAGAUAUACCCUGCUGCCGUAUCUCUAUACCUUGAUGCACAAGGCCCACACAGAGGGUAUCACUGUUGUACGGCCUCUUCUCCAUGAGUUUGUGUCAGACCAGAUGACCUGGGAUAUAGACAGUCAGUUCCUUCUGGGUCCAGCCUUCCUGGUUAGCGCUGUUGUGGAACCUAAUGUCAGAAAUGUCACUGCAUAUUUCCCUAGGGCCCGCUGGUAUGAUUACUACACGGGUGUGGACAUUAAUGCAAGGGGAGAGUGGAAGACCUUGCCAGCCCCUCUUGACUACAUUAAUCUUCAUGUCCGUGGGGGUUACAUCCUACCCUGGCAAGAGCCGGCACUGAAUACCCACCUGAGCCGCCAGAAAUUUAUGGGUUUCAAGGUUGCCUUGGAUGAUGAGGGAACUGCUGAGGGCUGGCUCUUCUGGGAUGAUGGGCAAAGCACUGAUACCUAUGAAAAAGGACUCUAUUACUUGGCCAACUUUUCUGCCAGCCAGAAUUCAAUGCAGAGUCAUAUAAUUUUCAACAAUUACAUCAUUGCUACAAACCCUUUGAAACUGGGCUACAUUGAAAUCUGGGGAGUGGGCAGUGACCCCAUUACCAGUGUCAGCAUUUCUGUCAGUGGCAUGGUCAUAACACCCUCCUUCAGCAACAACUUCACAGCACAGGUUUUAACCAUUGAUGUGACCGACAAAGACAUCAGUCUACAUAAUUUCAUUUCAUUGACAUGGAAAAGCACUCUGUGA